AUGGUCCAGCUUGAGACGAUAAUGAAUCAUACUCCUAGGUCUCGUAGAGAACUGUUGUACCUCUCCCAAGCUCAAGGUGUGCUCGAUCAUACGAUGGUUUCUCCCACUCUGUCAUGUCCCAGAUCCAAUGUUCCUCUCAUCAUUGCCUACAAAGUCCACGACAAGUUUACCGAAGGCGAUUGUAAGGUUGUCUCCAGCGACAAGAUCGUCUUUUGUGUACAACGAUAUUAUCUCCAAGCUUCCAGCGCCAUCCUCCGCACCGCCCUUGAACUAUCGAGGGAUGACACCGAAGAUAUCGUGUUCGUGAUGGACGAUACCGAAAUCGAAGGAUCAACAAUCAUUGAACGAUAUUUCCAAUCCUUCCUCGGGAUCAGCACCUCAUUCACAUCCAGCGACCAUGAUAAGGUGCAUUCAUGUUUACGGUUCGCUCGCAAGUGGGACUGCGCUCCUUUUUCCUCUCAAAUCUUUAAUUCUUUAAAAUCUUCGAUGGUGGGACCCCGGCCACCUCAUAUCGACCCUCAACAGAUCUUUUUCAUGGGAGCCGAACUCGAUGACGCAGAUUUAUGUGCAGCCGCAAUCAGGUGCCCCUGGCAUCAACCACUCGAGCCCAAUGCACCCGAGUCGGACUGGAAGGCGGAUCACUUUGCACUAUUCUCCACAGGUUGGGAUUACGAUGUCUUCAUGAGGUAUCCUAAAUAUUCUUGGGCGCUUAUGGCUGCUGUUAGGACAUAUCAAAGAAGCAAUUACCUUGAUGAACAUCCAAAAGACAAGGAUUGGCAAAUGAUGGCCCAACAAUUCUUACUUGCUCUGGAAUUCGGUCGGGCAUAUGUGAUACGGGUGGGAUGUACUUGA